GUAUGGCGGUGUCGGACUUGGGUGGAGCGCGGCUGCGGAACCGACUGCGCUAAUGGAAAUAAACCCGGAUGUUGGUCGAGUUUGAAUCCAAGCAGAGUGAUGGAGAGUCCCGGUCCCGGUUCGGUUGAGAAGCCCAGCAAGGCGGCGGAGUGUCUGAGCGAGCUGAACCGGAUCAUCGAGGCGCAGCACGAGCUCCUGGAGCGGCAGAAGGCGCGGAUCGCGGAGCUCGAGCUGCAGGUCUCCGAACUGCGCAGCCGCAACGCUCGCUUGCACGAGGAGUACGAAAGGCACCUGCGCACGUGCAGCCUGCAGCAGCAUCAGCAUCACAACAACCACAGCAUCAGCAUCAGCUCUCUCUCUGCUUUAACAGCCAUCCAGGAGAAGUAAGCCUUUAUCCCACUGAUUAUUCCAGCUGUGCACAGAUGUGAAAGAAUAUUCUCUCUCUCACACACACACAAACACACACACACACACACACACAUACAUGCCUUAUCCCAUAAUACACUUUAUAUUCUGUAUUUUGAAUCAAGUUUACACCGUAGCAUCAUCUGAGAGAAUUCCAACCGAUUCACAA